UAACGAAGAAACAAAACAAAACAAAACCCUCUCUUUUUCAAUAAUAACACAACACAACACAACACAACACACACACGAGAGAAGAAGAAAAACAUCAACAUCGUACAAACCAGUUUCAUUAUUCUCUUGUCGUUGUUCUUCUUCUUCAUUCUUCAUCCAUGGCUUGUGUAAAACUCAAUUCUCUCUCUUCCCAAUGGAUCGCAAACAACCCUUUCUCUUCUCGCCGUGGAUCUUCUUCUUCCUCUAUCUCCACCGCCCCUCGCGGUGUCUCUCUUCGGAUCCGCGCCUCUUACUCCGAUGAACUUGUUCAAACCGCUAAAUCUGUUGCAUCUCGCGGUCGUGGAAUUCUUGCAAUUGAUGAAUCAAAUGCAACUUGUGGGAAGCGUUUGGCAUCGAUUGGAUUGGACAAUACUGAGGUUAAUCGCCAGGCUUACAGGCAACUUCUGUUGACAACACCCGGUCUUGGUGAAUAUAUUUCUGGUGCAAUUCUUUUUGAGGAAACACUUUAUCAGUCAACAAAUGAUGGGAAGAAGUUUGUGGAUGUUCUCCGCGAGGAGAAGAUUGUACCUGGCAUCAAAGUUGAUAAGGGUUUGGUUCCUCUACCAGGGUCAAACAAUGAAUCUUGGUGCCAAGGGUUGGAUGGAUUGGCUUCCAGAUCUGCUGAAUACUACAAGCAAGGUGCCCGAUUUGCCAAGUGGCGUACAGUUGUCAGCAUUCCAUCUGGUCCUUCUGCCUUAGCUGUUAAGGAAGCAGCUUGGGGACUUGCACGAUAUGCUGCUAUCUCUCAGGACAACGGUCUUGUUCCAAUAGUUGAGCCUGAAAUUCUUCUUGAUGGGGACCACCCAAUUGAGAGGACACUGGAAGUUGCCGAAAAGGUAUGGUCAGAAGUCUUCUUCUAUUUGGCACAAAACAAUGUCCUUUUUGAGGGAAUUUUGCUCAAGCCUAGCAUGGUUACACCUGGUGCUGAGCACAAGCAAAAGGCUUCCCCAGAAACCAUUGCCAAUUUUACAUUAAACCUGCUUAAAAGAAGAGUUCCUCCUGCGGUGCCCGGAAUCAUGUUUUUGUCCGGUGGACAAUCAGAAGUUGAAGCAACACUAAAUCUUAAUGCUAUGAACCAAAGUCCCAACCCAUGGCACGUGUCAUUCUCAUAUGCACGAGCCCUUCAGAACACUGUUCUUAAGACAUGGCAAGGUCGCCCUGAGAAUGUAGAAGCAGCUCAAAAGUCUCUUUUGGUCCGCGCCAAAGCCAAUUCCUUGGCUCAGCUCGGAAGAUACUCCGCUGAAGGCGAAAAUGAAGAAGCCAAGAAAGGAAUGUUCGUCAAGGGCUACACCUACUAGAAGUUUAGGUGUCCCGUGUGGCUUUUGGUCUUUGGUUGUUUUGUUUUAUCUAUUUAUUUAGCAUUUCUCACUGACAGUGAAUUUUAAGUAUAUUUUUUUGUUCUUAUUUUUCCUAAUUCUAGCAAAUGAGUUUGAAUAAAGUAAGCUAGAAAGAGAGUUUUUCCUGGUAAAAUCGAGUCGGGAUUAGUAAAAAUCAAAGGAAAUUAGCAGAUUUUGCUCUUUACGUCCCUAGUGUUGGGAGACUUUAUAUUGGCAUGAUUAAUCCUUGUUAUAUAUAUCUUGAGUUGAAAAUCUUUCUUACAUUUAAAUUUAUUUGUUUGGAAGAUUUUGCCA